AUGGCGCACCCAUACCGAUGUCUACACUACCUUGGAACAUACAACGACGAGACGACGCCGUCGCCCGAGGUCCCCACAAGUCUGCAAAAGACGAAGUGUCCUUCGUCCGAGAAGAGUUCACUGAUUUUCUCAACAAGAAAUUCUGGACUCGUGCGGCAUCUACAGAACUUGCGACUCAGUCCUCUGGGCGUAGUUCCACAACGGGACAGACGGCCCAGACUGAUAGUUGACCUUUCUUUCUUUGGCAUCAAUCAAGAAUCAGUCCCAAUCGCGCCAUCAGAUUCCAUGCAAUUCGGACGUGCCCUUCACCGCAUCCUACAACGAAUCCUCCAAGCCAACCCUCUGCACGGGCCUGUUUACAUCUCCAAGAUUGACAUUGCUGAUGGUUUCUACCGCAUUUAG